CUCCCUCCCUCCCUCACUACCACCGACCAGCCUCAUACAACACAUACCUACCACCAUCACCACCACCACCACAAUUCUGUUCAAAAGAAUAACUACCAAAAUGCCUCCUACACCCCGCCCCCUAACCAUCAUCGUCGCUACCACCCCCAUCCCAACCCCCACCACCACCACCGAGAGCAGCAGCAACACGCCAAUCCGCCUGGGCAUCGGCCACUCGGGCACACUCCCCUGGCCACGAAUCAAAACCGACAUGUCAUUCUUCGCACGGGUGACCUCCCGCCCGCCAGCCCCAGGAACCAUCAACGCCAUAAUAAUGGGGCGGAAGACGUACGAUUCCGUGCCGGCGCAUCUGCGGCCGCUGGCGAAGCGCAUUAGCACCAUCAUUACACGGGAUGUGGAGGGGUUGAAACCUAGGGUGGCGAGGGAGGUUGAGGAUCGGAAAGCUAAGUUGGCUGCGUCUGCUGCUGCAGCUGCAGCAGCAUCUGCAUCUGGGGGUAAUGGUAAUGCUGCGCAGCAGCAGCAGCAGCCUGCUACGGACGCGAUCGUGUGCGGGGGAUUGGAUGAGGCGCUGCAGGAGCUGGAGACGAGGUAUGGAGAAGGGAAACUAGGCAAGGUGUUUGUGAUUGGCGGGGCGGAGAUAUAUGGGGCUGUUUUGGCUAAGGGUGCUGGUGGUUUGGGAGGAGGGCCGGUGAGGAUUGUGAUGACGAAUGUGGAGAAGAAAGGGUAUGCGGAGGGAGAUCAGGGGGAGGUGUUUGAGUGUGAUACGUUUUUCCCGGUCGAUGAGGAGUUGUUUGGGGAGAAGGAGGGGUGGAGGAGGGUUACGCCGGAGGAGGUUACGGAGUGGGUUGGGGAGGAGGUUACGGGCAGGUGGAUUGAGGAGGGGAUGUUAGGGUGCAGAUGGUGGGGUAUGAACGUCAAUAGUAUGUGUACUAUUGAAGAUUAG